AUGUCACAACCUAUCCGAUGGGGAAUCAUCUCCACCGGAUACAUCUCAACAUCUUUUGCCAAGGACCUUCUAGUAGACCCAGCGACUAGGAAUGUACAUGAUGUGAAACACAAAAUCACCGCUGUAGGAUCACGUAGUGUUGAACCUGCUGACAAGUUCAUCGAAGGAUUGAAGAAUUCAGAAGGGGUUCAUUCUUGGGGAUUGACCAGUGGGGUUUUGGAUGGAGUGAGGGGUUAUGGGACUUAUGAAGAGGUUUUCAAUGAUCCUAACGUGGACGUGGUCUAUAUCGGUACACCACACACUUUCCAUCAUCCAAAUUCGAAAGCUGCUCUAUUGGCGGGAAAACAUGUAUUAUGCGAGAAACCGUUCACUUUUGAUUUGGAAGAAUUGGACGAGUUGAUCAAAAUUGCAAAAGAGAAGAAAUUGUUCUUGAUGGAAGCCGUUUGGACCAGGUUUCAUCCUAUAGCUUACGCUGUACAAGAAGAGCUUUUCUCUGGAAAGUUGGGAAAGAUCAAGAGAUUCCAAGCGGAUUUCAGUAUGGACAUGAAACCUGAAAGUCACCGAAUGCUGAACCCUGACCUGGGCGGUGGUUCCCUCCUCGACAUGGGUCCCUAUCCAUCUGUUUGGGCAAUGUUAUGUAUGCAACAUCACCCUUCUAACCAAAAUCGACCUCCAAAACUUCUGUCUUCCUACCAAACCGUUCUCAAACGCACGGGAGUGGAUCUGAACUCUCGUUGGUUGUUGGAAUGGGAAGGGGUAGGUCAAGGAUUAUUAUUGACUGAAAUGGGUGUUAAAGGUUUCGGACCUAUGACUGCUUUGAUACAAUGUGAAGAAGCUGAUUUAGCUAUUCAUUGGCCUCCGUACAAACCUGAAUCAUAUACAAUCCAUAUUCAUCCUCAAAAUCGUGAUUCUCCUGAAACUCAAGCUGUGACUCAUCAUGUUCCCAUCCAUCCUGGUAUCGGAAUGCAUUAUGAAGCAGACGAAGUCGCGAGAUGUUUAGUAGCUGGGAAGUUGGAAAGUGAUAGGAUGCCAUGGGAAGAAAGUAGGAUAGUUCAAGGAUGGUUUGAUGAAGUUAGGAAAGCUGGUGAAACGGUACAUAAGGAUUGGAAGGGACAUGCGGGGGAGUAA